AUGAACACUUUAAAAAAGAUUUUAAAUACGUCAACUGAUACUGCUGUCGCAAAUUUCAAUCCCAUAGAUGGUUCAACUACAUCACAAAACACUACCAAUGAUAGUAACAACAAUGUUGGUAGACCUUCAACUUCUCCGAUAAAUUUUAAAACCAUGCCUUUUAAAAUUAACAAAGGAAAUGUUGAAACCGUUAAAGAUAACAAACCUCGCAUUGAUCUAAAUGUAGAAGAAGAAACACAAAGCUACCAUAUAAAUGAUAAAGAUUUACCACCUUAUCUUUGCCAGCCACAUAAUGAUUUAAUAGAGAAAUUCAGAUAUAUUCAAAAACAAGAAGAUUUAAGGUUGAGAGAUGCCACCAUACAUCCAGAGACUUCAAAGUGGAAACUAGGGUGCUCUGCUGAUAUUUCAAAUAAUAAGAGAAAUAGAUAUGCUAAUAUCAUGACUUACGAAAGAAAUAGAGUUAAGUUGAAUGUUAUAGAUGGUAAUGAUUAUAUCAACGCUUCUUAUGUUAAAGUUAAUAUUCCAGAACAAAGUGAGAGGGCAGGAUUAUAUAUUGCCACCCAAGGUCCAACAUUGGCGACUUACAACCAAUUUUGGCAGAUGUGUUUUGAUAAAUGUCCUGGUAAGGAUAUUGUUAUUGUCAUGGUUACCCCGUUAACAGAAGGUUAUAGAGAAAAAUGUUAUCCUUAUUGGCCGAGUCAAGAAGGAGAAGAAUGGCAUAUUCCACAAAAACAGUCUACCAAGCAGGGUGAUUUUUCUGAAUUUAAAUAUGGAUUAGAUAUAAAAUGUUUAAGUGUUUUUACACCUUCAGCCGCCUCACACAAUCUUCCGUUUACUUAUACUAAAAUGAAUUUAACUAUUUCAAAUCAACCACCCUCUAAUCGUCAUACAAAAACAAUUCAUCAUAUAUAUUUUGAUAAAUGGCGAGACAUGUCAUCACCAGAUGAAUUUGAACCAAUAUUAGAACUGUCAAAGUUUGCCAAUGGAUUAAACAUCCAAAAUAAUCCCAUUGUAGUACAUUGUUCUGCUGGUGUGGGUCGAACAGGUACUUUUAUUGCAUUAGAUCAUUUAGUUAAUUUUACUAAAGAUUUUGAUGUAGAUUUACCUGACUUUGUUAGAGAUUAUACUCAUGAUCUAAUCGAACAAAUUGUGUCACAGUUACGUAUACAACGAUUGAAGAUGGUUCAACUGCUUGAUCAGUAUACAUUUAUUUACAAUGCAGCAAGAGAGAUUUAUAUUAAACACGUCCUUCAGGAAUCACGCAAAAGAUAUAGAAGGAUUAGAGAAGAAAAUAAUUAA